CGGAGCCCUCACUACUGACAGGAUGCUUCCGUGCAGCAGUCACAGCUGUGCGAAGACACUCGGAGGCAGGCUGCAUUAAAGCCAGAUUUUGUUGCUGUGACUAGAUCUUGUCAACAUGAAACUCCCUGAAAUUGUCUGCAUCCAGGAGUGCUAUGGAGCAAUUUUCUCCAUGUAGAAGGAAUUUUUACAUGUAUCUGGUAGUGCCGGGCAGUAUUUCAUAGACACAAAACCAAAAAUGAGUGGAGUAGCAACUCCCUAUCACCGAAUCUCUGACUGCAAGCAGAGCAAACGUGCCGGAACACUCAAUAAAAUCAGCAUGAGAGCGGUGGUGACAGGAGGUGCUGGCUAUUGUGGAUACAAGCUGGGAUGUGCUCUUGCCAACAUAGGAGCUUCUGUUGUUCUGUGUGACAUACACAAGCCUUUGUGGAUGAUUCCCAGUGGAGUGGUGUGGAUCCAGACAGAUAUCAGGGAUUACAGUGCCAUACUGGCAGUCUGUGAAGGCGCUGACUGUGUGUUUCAUGUAGCUUCCUAUGGAAUGUCAGGAACAGAACAGUUGCAUAAAAAAGAGAUUGAAACUGUCAACAUUAACGGAACAAGAUUCAUCCUUAAUGCCUGCAAACAGAAAAACAUCCCUCGGCUGGUCUACACCAGCUCAGUGAACGUGGUGUUUGGAGGGCUUCCCAUUGAAGAUGGGGAUGAGGAAUCUUUGCCGUAUUUCCCAAUUGACAAGCUCAUUGACCACUAUUCCAGAACCAAAUCAAUUGCAGAACAAAUGGUACUAGCAGCUAAUGGAUCUUCACUAGAAGGAGGUGGAAUACUCCACACGUGUGUUCUUCGCCCACCUGGAAUCUAUGGACCAGAAGAGCAGAGACACUUGCCAAGGCUAGCAAAGAUUAUUGAGAGAAGGCUACUUAGCUUCAAGUUUGGGGACCCUACUGUUCAAAUGAACUGGAUACAUGUAGAGAAUUUUGUACAGGCUCAUAUUCUAGCUGCUGAAGCUCUCACCCCUGAAAAGAACUUCAUAGCAAGUGGCCAGGUGUAUUUCAUUCAUGAUGGAGAAAAAUCCAACCUUUUUGAAUGGCUAACUCCCCUUUUUGAAAGAUUAGGUUGCAGUAAGCCAUGGAUACGUAUUCCUACUUCUUGGGUCUAUGCAUCAGCCACAUUUAUGGAACACCUUCAUGCAAUUCUGAGACCAGUUGUUGACCUGCCCCCACUGCUGACCAGAAAUGAGGUACAGAACAUUUCUGUAACUCACACUUUUCGAAUAGACAAGGCACGAGCUCAGCUGGGGUACCGCCCACAGAAGUUUGACUUUGCUGAUUCUGUGGAUCACUACAUUGAAUCCAGACCACCCUCACGUUAUAAGCUCUUCCUCAAUAUUUCGCUUACUUUAAUUGUUACUUUAAUUUUGGUUUUUCUUUCUUCAAAACUCGGUGGCCUUUCAGUUUUGCAUUUUUUUAAAGAAAGACGACACUGACCUGCAUAAACUGCACGGUCACAGUAUUGCUACCCAGAUCAUUCUGACUUCCACAACAGUUCCUGGCACAGUGCAACAAAGAGGCAGCUACUUCUGAAUUUACAAACAAUAUCAUAACAAACGAGUGGCUGGACCAGAGAAAUUAAAAUACAUCAAACAAUAAUUGCCAAAUCACUGAAACACAGCCAGAGUCAAGACUGUUGCCUGUAUUUCAAACCAAAACAACAACUUUCCAAAUUGAUUGCUGAUGUAAAUGAGAACCUGCAGGAAAAACAAGAGCUGCAGACAGACUGCAGUGCUUCACCAGUGAAGAAAAAUGGCUGAAAUAGGAAGAAAGACUGACCACAGCUUCUGUCCUGGCUCACUACCUUGGGGAACAGAGGAACAAGCAAAGGCACAGACAGAACAGAUUACUGCAAAUAACACACACCGGGCUUACAGAGACUUCACAUUGUGUGAUUUCAUGAAGUAGCUCUAGCACCACAUCUGAGGGAAAAUAAAAGUGUACUUGAAACAUUGCUGAAGUCUGUGCUGUGCCUCUGCACAAUUUCCCUGCCCUGCCCCUGGGGCAGAGCUGCAGGUACAUGCUGGUAGGGUUUUUUCACAGGUCAAAACUGGGUAUUUUAGUUAAAUUGGAAGUUAAUAAGUAAGUUAUAUUAGUUAAGUGUAUUUAUGACACAGUAGAGGAAUCUGCUGCUAUGGGUUGCAUGGAUCUUUGUACAGCUUCCUUCACCUCCUGUAGUUAAGGGCAACAACUAACACAGUUCAGUUGCUCCUCAAGGCCCAAGUCAGUUUUGGCACCAAAUUUCUGAAGUACGGCAGUUGUACUGAGCAAAUCCCUGCAGCAGCUAAAGUGAACAAUGUGCUUUUCACAUUACUG